CCCGAAGCUCAAUUCCGUUUCUGAAAAUCAUUUCUUCUAAUUUUAUGAUUUUCAGUUUCGAAUUUUGUUUGAAUUGCGGAAAUUAGGGUUCAAAUGAAGCUGAAUUGCUAGUUUUUUUCUUUUGUGUGUUUUCCCUUGAUUUUCGGUGGAGAAGAAGAUGUCAGUUGCUGACCUGAAAGAGCGUCACAUGGCCGCCACAGAAACUGUUAAUUCACUCAGAGAUAGAUUAAAGCAGAAGCGUCUUCUUCUUCUCGACACCGAUGUUGCGGGGUACGCGCGUUCGCAGGGGAAGACUCCGGUGACUUUUGGUCCGACUGAUCUGGUUUGUUGCCGAACUCUGCAAGGGCACACGGGCAAGGUGUAUUCACUGGAUUGGACUCCCGAAAAGAACCGCAUCGUGAGUGCAUCUCAAGAUGGGAGAUUAAUAGUAUGGAAUGCUCUGACAAGCCAGAAAACUCAUGCAAUUAAGCUACCUUGUGCAUGGGUCAUGACCUGUGCCUUCUCUCCCAGUGGCCAAUCAGUCGCAUGUGGUGGCCUUGAUAGUAUGUGCUCUAUAUUUAACCUCAACUCUCCGACCGACAAAGAUGGUAAUCUGCCAGUAUCAAGAACCCUUAGCGGGCAUAAGGGUUAUGUUUCGUCAUGUCAGUAUGUACCUGACGAAGAUACACACCUUAUAACUGCAUCGGGUGACCAAACAUGUGUUCUAUGGGAUAUAACUACUGGCCUGAGAACUUCUGUAUUUGGAGGCGAAUUUCAGUCUGGGCAUACUGCUGAUGUUCAAAGUGUGUCGAUCAAUGGAACAAACUCGAGAAUGUUUGUGUCCGGCUCGUGUGAUUCAACUGCCCGUUUGUGGGAUACUCGUGUUGCUAGUAGAGCUGUUCGAACUUUUCAUGGUCAUGAGGGAGAUGUUAAUACUGUGAAGUUUUUCCCGGAUGGGAAUAGAUUUGGAACAGGGUCGGAUGAUGGGACUUGCAGACUGUUUGACAUUAGAACUGGGCAUCAGUUACAAGAGUACAGUCAACCACACAGUGGUGAUAGUGAGCCCCCUCAAGUGACUUCAAUUGCGUUUUCCAUUUCUGGGAGGCUCCUAUUUGCAGGGUACACUAACGGAGCUUGCUAUGUCUGGGACACUCUAUUGGCACAGGUGGUUUUGGAUUUGGGGUCUCUUCAAAAUUCUCAUGAUGGAAGGAGUAGGAUCAGCUGUUUGGGACUGUCAGCUGAUGGGAGUGCCUUGUGUACAGGAAGUUAUGACACAAACCUCAAGAUUUGGGCUUUUGGCGGGCAUAGAAGAGUAAUCUGAUUGGGCUACUGCAGAGCGGUGAUUCUCUCUUUCUGAAAAAAAAAAUCAGGAAACGUGCGAAAUAUCCAGUUGUUGGCUGUGUGAUACUGCAACUGUGUUUGUAUUUCUUGUAAUCUUUGUGAUCUUUUUAACAGACAACUUCAGUGGAUGAAUGGAAAUGAUAUGCCAUGGUCUCGAUCAACUGUUUGUACUGUAGUAAAGGCAUGUAAAGCCCAAUGCCCUUUUUGAGCUACUUAUUAAUAUUACGAUUACUACCCUUUUUCGUU